GAGCGAUCUCGGAGCUCGGAGCCCCCCUCUGGGGCACGGGGUCCUGGGAGCGGUGGCCGCUGGAGGCGGGGCGCCGAGGAGCGGAGAAGGAGGGGGAGAGAGAGGAGGAUCAAAAUGCGGAGGGGGGGGAGCGGCUGCGACGGAGAGGUGUCGUGCAACGGGCGCGCCCCGAGGCCGGCCGCCGCCCUCUCGCCCGCGGCCCUACCGCUGCCGGCGCCUGCGGGCGCCGGGCCCGGGCCGCGCGGCGGCACCCGGAGCCUGCAGAGGUUCGGCCCCGCGGGUGCCGCGGGCGCCGCCCCGAAGGAGCUGGGGCCGGUCCUGCCCGAACGCGCCGCAGGCCGCCC